AGGUGUUUAGUUGGAGACCCAAGUGGGCGCAGUUAUGGGGAUGUUGCAUUUUUGGAGCACCACUCACUCCUAAAUAACAUAGCAAAUAUGGAAUCUUCUGGUUGGGCUUAUGGCUAUAGUGCUUCAGACUUUGAGCUGUUGUGUCCUAAUGGUGAAAGAGUCCCACUGACAGAAUGGGAGUCCUGUAAUUUGGGUGUGAUCCCACCCAGUGUAGUGAUGACACGCCCUGUAAUUACUGCAAAGAUCCAAGACUUUCUGAUGAAAUCCCAGCAAUUCCUAAAAACAAAUGAAGACUCCACUUUUCAACUUUUUAAGAUGGCAAAACCUAAUGAAGAGGGUGAUCUGCUUUUCAAAGACUCAGCUACUUGUCUUUUGCCAGUUGGACUCCAUACACUUCAGGAUAUCCUAGGAGAAAGUUUCAUGCAGCUUGCUGACGAUGUCUUUGACUGCACCAAUGCAGGUAUCUUGGAUUUCUGCAAUACAGACAUUUGUGCAGACACCAGGAAUUAG